AUGUCCUCCGACAAAACCACCAUCUUCAUCACCGGCGCGACGGGCUACAUCGGCGGCGCAUGUCUCAAUCUGCUGCUCAAAGACCCCUCCUUCGGACUUUCUGCGUUGGUACGCGACGCGGGCAAGGCGGAGAAGCUGACUGCGCUCGGUGUAUCGCCUGUUAUUGGCUCGCUAGACGACGCUGCUGUGCUCAUCGCUAGUGCUGCUGAUGCCGACGUGGUACUCCAUACUGCUCACGCGGACCAUUAUCCCGCUAUUCUAGAUAUCCUGAAGGGGAUGCGCCAUCGCUUCGAGAAGACCGGCAAGCAGGGUAUAUUGAUCCACACCUCUGGCACAGGAGUGCUUGCUGACGACGCGAAAGGCAUGCACGACGAUCAUAUCACGUACGACGACAGCAACGUUGAGAGCAUCGAGUCUCUUCCUCCGGACGCUGUUCACCGGAAGGUAGAUGUUGAGAUUGUCAAGGCUGAUCAAGAAGGCUAUAUACGCAGCUUCAUCGUGCUCCCCUCCACGAUCUGGGGGAUCCUGACUGGGCCCGUCGCGGAAGCCGGCAUCGCGCACGUCCAUUCUCGCCAGAUCCCGGAAGCGAUAGUGAUAGGCAUGAAGCGUGGCCAGGGCGGAAUGGUGGGCAAAGGUCUGAACGUCUGGCCGCAUGUCGAGAUCCACGAGCUGGCCGAGAUGUACAUCAUCAUACUCUGCGCGGCACUCGAUGGUACAGCACCGCACGGCCGCCAAGGCUUCUACUUUGGCGCCAGCGGGCACUACCGUCUUCUCGACGCAGCAAAAGUGUAUACCUCUGCACUCCACGCGCUCGGAAAGAGCGCAUCUCCCGAGCCUACGGCGUACACGAAAGAGGACAUCGACAAGUACCUAGGCGGAAACGACUACCUCGGUUCCAACUCGAGAUGCAGGGUCGUGCGCGCAAAAGAGCUCGGAUGGAACCCGACGAAGACGACGGACGAUUUCUUCGAGUUCAUUCCGAAAGAGGUCGAGGUGAUUGUUAGGGAUCCGUUUAGGUCUCGGACUGAGACAGCCGGCAAGACGUCGUUCAGUGCGGUCUGCGCCCGUCGGAUCGCGGCGAUGGCGUGUAUCUUUGGGUAUGACUAG